AGAUCAAUGUUACUUGCAUUGUCUGCUAAGAACAAAAUUGGUUUUGUUGAUGGUAGUUUUAUCAAACCUGAUUUUGGCACAGCUGAACACAAGGCCUGGGAAAGAUGUAAUGAUCUAGUGUGCUCACUGAUUUUAGGGAAUUUGAAUGAGACUAUAACCAAAAGUGUUAUGUUCAUGAAAUCUGCAAGAGAUAUUUGGACUGAUUUGGAAGACAGAUUUGGUUUUGCAUCACUAGCACAGAUUUAUUCUCUUGAGCAAAAAUUGGCUGAAAUAAGCCAAGGAGAUAAAUCUGUAGCUGAGUUCUUCACUGAAAUCAAAUCUGUGUGGGAUGCAAUUGAGGAAGCAAAUCCUUUACCAUACUGUACUUGCAAUAAUUGUACCUGUAAUGUGACAAAGAAAUUUUUUCAGAGGCAACAAGAGAGAAUGGUGAUGCAGUUUAUGAUGAAACUCAAUGAUCAUUUUGCUACUAUUAGAGGAAAUGUACUGAUGGUUCCAACUUUGCCCAAGGUAUCUGAAGCUUACAGGUUAUUUUCUCAAGAAGAGAGGUACAAGGAGGUUUCUCAAGCUAGUAAUCAAGUUGAAACACUGGCGUUUGCAGCUGAGAAAAGGAGGUUUACUGGAGAUCAUUGGAACUCUAGCAACAAAACUUACAAAACUGGUUUUCAGACAGGUUAUCAAUCUGGUUCUCAGAAAUCUGGAGGAACCAAUAGAUUUAGUAGACCAGGAUCCAACUACUACUGCACACAUUGUCAAACACAGGGACACAGUGUGGAGAGAUGCUUCAAGAUUCAUGGUUAUCCACCUGGCUACAAGACUGCAAGAGACAAUAAGGUUGCAGCAGUUUCAUUUGGUGACAAUUCUAAUAACAGUGUGCCAGAGUUGCCACAAACUGAAGCAUCUCCAACUAUCACAGUGGAGCAAUAUCAGCAGCUUAUGGAUAUGUUGUCUAAACAACAACAACAGAAUGCUAAUACCAAUCCUAACCUGGCUAUGAUGGCAGCAAGGGAGGCUGAUUCCUCUUGGUGAUAUGAAAUCAGGUCUAUACAAGUUGGGAGAACAAGAAUCUGAGAAAGUCAACCCUGUCCAAACACACAUCUGUAAUGUGGCUUGUUCAUCCACAGUAGAUAAUGCUAAAUUGUGGCAUUUAAGACUUGGACACUUACCUUUUAAUAGACUGAAACUAAUAAAUCCUAGUUGUGAUGUGUCUGCUUGUUUACAAGACACCAUUUGCCAAGUGUGUCCUGCUGCAAAGCAAACUAGGUUGAGUUUUCCUCACAGUAGUAUUAAGUCAACUAAGCCAUUUGAUCUUGUACACAUAGAUGUUUGGGGUCCUCAUGCUGUAAAAACACC